AUGGAGCCCUGGACCGCCUACCGCAUGCAGGACGCCGACGACGCCGACUUUGUCGAGAUUGACAUGAUGUCCACGUCGCUGACCUACCGCGUCACCGUCUGGCAGCAGAUUGGCGACGCCAAGGACCGCAUGAAGCCCACCGAGGCCAUCUGCACCGACGUCUGGCGCCAGAACGCCGGCGGCGACUGGACCUGCUGCGUCCACCACAUGGCGCCUGCCUAA